GAAACCCUUCAUUCUUCGCGGGAGAAAUUGGAAAAGGUUAAUCCUUAUUUAGUUCUGCCGCAGGACUUGCCAAUUAAAUUAUUGCUACUUCAUGGUCUAGAAGAUGCAGUAAUUGGUUGA